UUGAGCCAGUGUGUGGCGGAAGAGAUUAAGAUAAAGAGAUGUUGAAAGGGUGAGACUGUCUCAGUGCACGAGAGGAACUAAAGCAAGCCAGUCAGAUCUUCUAAGAAAGGAUGGCUGUUAUUGAUGCCGUGCUGGAUGGUCUGCUAGAUGGACUCCUGGGUCUGGGUCGUCUCCUGUCUCCUCUUUGCUCCCUCUUUGUUCUCCUCCAGCUCUCUGCUCUGGUUGUCCUCCUCCUCCUGUCCCUCCGUGUCGUCUGUCUGCUGUGGAGCCAUGCUCAGUUCACCAGACGUCUCCGGUGCUUCAGUAAACCCCCCACACAAAACUGGCUGAUGGGACACCUGGGAAAGAUGCGGAGCACAGAGGAAGGCCUGCAGGCAGUGGAUCAGCUAGUAAGAACCUACAGCCACUCCUGCUCCUGGUUUCUGGGCCCCUUCUACUCCCUGGUACGACUCUUCCACCCUGACUACAUCAAGCCUCUGCUGCUGGCACCAGCUUCCAUCACAGUCAAAGAUGAGCUUUUCUAUGGGUUCCUGAGACCAUGGCUGGGACAGAGUCUUCUCCUGAGUAACGGAGAGGACUGGUCUCGUCGAAGACGUCUACUCACUCCUGCAUUCCACUUCGACAUCCUCAAGAACUAUGUGAAGAUCUUCAACCACUCCUCCGACAUCAUGCAUUCUAAGUGGCGCCGCCUGGUGGCCGAGGGAGAGAGCCGCCAGGACAUGUUCAGUCACAUCAGCCUGAUGACUCUGGACAGUCUGCUCAGAUGUACCUUCAGCUACAACAGCAACUGCCAGGAGAGUUCCAGUGAGUACAUUGCAGCCAUUUUUGAGCUGAGUACCCUGGUGAUUGAGCGGAGAGGACGUAUCCUGCACCACUGGGACUGUCUGUACUGGAGGUCCCCAGAGGGACAGCGCUUCAAACAGGCCUGUAGUGUAGUACACGGGUUCACCAGGACUGUUGUCCAGGAGCGCAGAGCACAGCUUCUCCACCGGGGGGAGCCAGAGAGCCACACUGACACCACAGGAGGGGAGGAGAAGAAGAAGAAAAGAGUAGCAGAUUUCAUUGAUUUGUUACUGCUGUCAAAGGAUGAGGAUGGUCAUGGUCUCACAGAUGAGGAGAUAAAAGCAGAGGCAGACACUUUCAUGUUUGGAGGUCAUGACACCACGGCCAGCGGGAUCAGCUGGGUUCUGUAUAACCUGUCUCAGCAUCAGGACUACCAGGACUGCUGUAGAGCCGAGGUCAACGACCUGCUACAAGACCGAAAGACAGAGGACUUAGACUGGGAGGACCUGAGCAGCCUCCCCUUCACCACCAUGUGUAUUAAAGAGUCUCUGAGACUGCACUCCCCCGUGUCUGCUGUCACCAGACAAUACACGAAGGACAUGGCGGUGCCAGGUGGACGGGUCAUACCACAGGGUAGCAUCUGUCUGGUGAGCAUCUAUGGGACCCAUCACAACCCUGAGAUCUGGCCUGACCCAGACGUCUACAACCCCAUGCGCUUCGACCCUGAGAACUCAAAGGGCCGUUCAUCCCAUGCCUUCAUACCUUUCUCUUCGGGACCUAGGAACUGUAUAGGUCAGAAGUUUGCCAUGGCGGAGCUGCGUGUGGUGGUGGCACUGACCUUGAGGAGGUUCCGUUUGACCCCAGGGGGGGUGGAGGUGAGGAGGCUACCCCAUCUGGUGCUCAGGGCCGAGGGGGGGCUGUGGCUGACGCUGGAGACCCUAGAAGCACCCCAGGACUAACCCCUGAACUCCUCUCUCCUCUAUGGAUCAGACAGAGAAAACUGAUUUUAUGACUUUACUGUAUUAACAUACGCUGAGUAUACGAAACGUUAAGAACAGCUUAACACAGUAAAAUACAUAGGCCUAAAGCCGACAAAUAAACAGUAAAAUACAUAGGCCUAAAGCCGACAAAAUGAAAACAAUAGAAUACAUAGGUCUAAAGCCGACAAAUGAAAACAAUAGAAUACAGAGGCCUAAAGCCGACAAAAUGAAAACAAUAGAAUACAUAGGCCUAAAGCAGACAAAAUGAAAACAAUAGAAUACAUAGGCCUAAAGCCGACAAAAUGAACACAAUAGAAUACAUAGAGGCCUAAAGCCGACAAAAUGAAUACAAUAGAAUACAUAGGCCUAAAGCCGACAAAAUGAAAACAAUAGAAUACAGAGGCCUAAAGCCGACAAAUAAACAAUAGAAUACAUAGGCCUAAAGCUGACAAAAUGAAAACAAUAGAAUACAUAGGCCUAAAGCUGACAAAAUGAAAACAAUAGAAGACAUAGGCCUAAAGCCGACAAAAUGAAAACAAUAGAAUACAUAGGCCUAAAGCCGACAAAAUGAAAACAAUAGAAUACAUAGGCCUAAAGCCGACAAAUGAAAACAAUAGAAUACAUAGAGGCCUAAAGCCGACAAAAUGAAAAAAAUAGAAUACAUAGGCCUAAAGCCGACAAAUGAAAACAAUAGAAUACAGAGGCCUAAAGCCGACAAAAUGAAAACAAUAGAAUACAUAGGCCUAAAGCCGACAAAAUGAACACAAUAGAAUACCUGGGCCUAAAGCAGACAAAAUGAACACAAUAGAAUACAUGGGCCUAAAGCAGACAAAAUGAACACAAUAGAAUACAUAGGCCUAAAGCCGACAAAUGAAAACAAUAGAAUACAUAGAGGCCUAAAGCCGACAAAAUGAAAACAAUAGAAUACAUAGAGGCCUAAAGCCGACAAAAUGAAUACAAUAGAAUACAUAGGCCUAAAGCCGACAAAAUGAAAACAAUAGAAUACAGAGGCCUAAAGCCGACAAAUAAACAAUAGAAUACAUAGGCCUAAAGCUGACAAAAUGAAAACAAUAGAAUACAUAGGCCUAAAGCCGACAAAAUGAAAACAAUAGAAUACAUAGGCCUAAAGCUGACAAAAUGAAAACAAUAGAAUACAUAGGCCUAAAGCUGACAAAAUGAAAACAAUAGAAUACAGAGGCCUAAAGCCGACAAAAUGAAAACAAUAGAAUACAUAGGCCUAAAGCUGACAAAAUGAAAACAAUAGAAUACAGAGGUCUAAAGCCGACAAAUAAACAAUAGAAUACAUAGGCCUAAAGCUGACAAAAUGAAAACAAUAGAAUACAUAGGCCUAAAGCCGACAAAAUGAAAACAAUAGAAUACAGAGGCCUAAAGCCGACAAAAUGAAAACAAUAGAAUACAGAGGCCUAAAGCCGACAAAAUGAAAACAAUAGAAUACAUAGGCCUAAAGCCGACAAAAUGAAAACAAUAGAAUACAUAGGCCUAAAGCAGACAAAAUGAACACAAUAGAAUACAGAGGCCUAAAGCCGACAAAAUGAAAACAAUAGAAUACAUAGGCCUAAAGCCGACAAAAUGAAAACAAUAGAAUACAUAGGCCUAAAGCCGACAAAAUGAAAACAAUAGAAUACAUAGAGGCCUAAAGCCGACAAAUGAAAACAAUAGAAUACAUAGAGGCCUAAAGCCGACAAAAUGAAAACAAUAGAAUACAUAGAGGCCUAAAGCCGACAAAAUGAAUACAAUAGAAUACAUAGGCCUAAAGCCGACAAAAUGAAAACAAUAGAAUACAGAGGCCUAAAGCCGACAAAUAAACAAUAGAAUACAUAGGCCUAAAGCUGACAAAAUGAAAACAAUAGAAUACAUAGGCCUAAAGCCGACAAAAUGAAAACAAUAGAAUACAUAGGCCUAAAGCUGACAAAAUGAAAACAAUAGAAUACAUAGGCCUAAAGCUGACAAAAUGAAAACAAUAGAAUACAGAGGCCUAAAGCCGACAAAAUGAAAACAAUAGAAUACAUAGGCCUAAAGCUGACAAAAUGAAAACAAUAGAAUACAGAGGUCUAAAGCCGACAAAUAAACAAUAGAAUACAUAGGCCUAAAGCUGACAAAAUGAAAACAAUAGAAUACAUAGGCCUAAAGCCGACAAAAUGAAAACAAUAGAAUACAGAGGCCUAAAGCCGACAAAAUGAAAACAAUAGAAUACAGAGGCCUAAAGCCGACAAAAUGAAAACAAUAGAAUACAUAGGCCUAAAGCCGACAAAAUGAAAACAAUAGAAUACAUAGGCCUAAAGCAGACAAAAUGAACACAAUAGAAUACAGAGGCCUAAAGCCGACAAAAUGAAAACAAUAGAAUACAUAGGCCUAAAGCCGACAAAAUGAAAACAAUAGAAUACAUAGGCCUAAAGCCGACAAAAUGAAAACAAUAGAAUACAUAGAGGCCUAAAGCCGACAAAAUGAAAACAAUAGAAUACAUAGGCCUAAAGCCGACAAAAUGAACACAAUAGAAUACAUAGGCCUAAAGCCGACAAAAUGAAAACAAUAGAAUACAGAGGCCUAAAGCCGACAAAUAAACAAUAGAAUACAUAGGCCUAAAGCUGACAAAAUGAAAACAAUAGAAUACAUAGGCCUAAAGCUGACAAAAUGAAAACAAUAGAAUACAUAGGCCUAAAGCUGACAAAAUGAAAACAAUAGAAUACAGAGGCCUAAAGCUGACAAAAUGAAAACAAUAGAAGACAUAGGCCUAAAGCCGACAAAAUGAAAACAAUAGAAUACAUAGGCCUAAAGCCGACAAAAUGAAAACAGUAAAAUAUCCUGAUGAAAAUGCAGGUUCUCAUGAAUCGCUCUACUCAGCCUCCCUUUCCAUCUGUCUUGACUUGAGCUAUGACUCAACGUUAUCAGGACAGAGAAACCACAUACAUGCUCAUUGCUCUAUCAGCUGGACAUAAAAUAAACCGGUACAUGUUGUUUCUCACACGUGUAUCAGGUUGUGAACUCUACAAAAAAAAAAAGGUGAAUUCACCAAUUUGUAAGUCGCUCUGGAUAAGAGCGUCUGCUAAAUGACUUAAAUGUUAAUGUUAAUGUUACAAACAACGUUUUUCCACUCGUGGGAAGGAGAACGGUAAAUGACUGUAAAUGCAUACAUUAACAGAAAUGUAACCAAAUGACGGGAUGAACGGCACAUCUACUAUGCCUACUGGUUACAUAUAUGAUGGAGAAUUGAACAAAACAAACAAUCGAAGAGCAAACAAUUCACAACAAUGAAUGUGCAGUAAUUGUCAGGAGACCACAGGGGAAGCAUUCUGGAGAGAGACGCCCAUAUCUUCGCGACACAUCCCUCCCCUACUUCUUGUUGCAACAUUUUUAAAUUAGUCUCGAGACGCAUUAUCUUCACACAUUUGAGAUGUUUUUCACUGACAGCCACAACUCAAUAAUCAGCCAGGUCUAUUGCCAUGCGCGCUGCCCAAAUUGCUGGUUUCCCAAAUAGGAAUAGGCAAACAAUCCAUAACUAUUUUUAUUUAACUAGUUAAGAACAAAAUCAUAUUUACAAUGACGGCUUGGGAACAGUGGGUUAACUGCCUUGUUCAGGGGCAGAACAACAGAUGUUUACCUUGUCAGCUCUGGGGAUUCGGUCUAGCAACUUUUCGGUUACUGGCCCAAUGCUCUAUCCCCCAGGCUACCUGCCGCUUAUGAUGCUCUGUGGCUAAGUUUAGCUCUCUGGUAAAGUAUUUAGAAUUAUUUUAUUGGGACAGGAGUAAUUGUUUAAUGUUGAUAAAAAACAUCAAUUACUUUAGGGGAAGCCAGCAUCUGAACACUGUGUUCCCGCUAACUUCCCUUUCUAAUUCGCAAGUGGCUGAAACCAGAGAUAACUAUAUAUAAUGACGAGACGUUGAUGUCUCCGUUCUAACAAUGUGAGUCGUUCCAAAGGCGGGAAUGCAGGCUUCAAGCUUAGGUCUUGCAUAUCAUGCCCAUAGAAACGCAUUGGGUUAUUUCAGGAUUUAUUCUGGCGAGAGUGAGUCCUCUCGCUUUGCCAAAUCAUCUAUGUUAAAACGAGCGAGAGAAACAGCGCCCCUCUGUUUCCUUAGGUGUAGACCAUGUAUCUGAUAAUAUCUGGCAGGAAAAGGUACUACAUGUCAUACUCCUUUUGUCCAGACAGCAUCACAUACGGAGACAGAGGGAUGCUUUUUCGCUCGCUCGAAUGCUUUAUCUGAGAUUGAUGCGUAUUCCUGUCGGCGCGCGUCUUGGCCAAAUAAACGUUCAAUAUUUCUCUAUUUUAUUUGGACGGGCAAGGAGGGAGGUAGGUAGGGCAGGCCAGCCCCCCCAUGUCCCGCCCAUAACACCUACCGCCCAUAAUGUUUCAGGCGCAUCGGUUAGUGUCAAGAAGUGCAACGCUGCUGGAUUUUUCAUGCUCAACAGUUUCCCGUGUAUAUCAACAAUGGUCCACCACCUAAAGGACAUCCAGCCAACUUGAGAACAACUGGGGGACGUAUAGGGUGGUACAGUAGGUAGCCAAGCACUUAAGAACUUAGUAACUGAAAGGUUGCUGGUUUGAAUCCCCUAGCAGAAUAAGGGGGAAGAAUCUGCCGAUGUGCCCUUGAGCAAGGCACUUAACUCAAGUCGCUCUGGAUAAGAGCGUCUGCUAAAGUGUGAAAUGGGUCAGCAUCCCUGUAGAGUCCAUGCACAAACAUCUGAAGCUGUUCUGAGGGCACAAGGGGGAGGUGCAACUCAAUAUCAGGAAGGUGUUCCUAAUGUUUUGUCCGCUCAGUGUAUGUCAGAUGUAUUAGAACAUAAAUACACAUAGAAACAUCUCAAUGCACGGUGAAUGUAGGUCGGCCUACUGAAUGUAUGUGAACAUAGAUACACAUAGAAACAUCUCAAUGCACGGUGAAUGUAGGUCGGCCUACUGAAUGUAUGUGAACAUAGAUACACAUAGAAACAUCUCAAUGCACGGUGAAUGUAGGUCGGCCUACUGAAUGUAUGUGAACAUAGAUACAUUAAGUACUUUUCAUUUGAAUUGUUAAUGCGAAUUUUGUAAGCUAUUUGUUUUUUUGCAGUGUGUGUGCAUUGUUAUUUUGAGAUUCAAUAAACAUAGCCUUGAUGAGUACGGUGCUAGCAUGUGAA